GAUCAAUCGAGGCCUUGAAAGCAUUUCAGUUCAAGUAUAUUGAGUCAACGAAAGAAUGUUUUGAAGUGGGACACUUGAGUUUCUGCAACAAAGAUGGGAAAGGCAAGCAAAUGGAUGAGGAACUUUUUGAUGGGGAAAAAGGAGGACAAAAAGAAGAUUAAUACUGCCUUUUCUCUGGAGUAUCAAUCUACCAAGAUGGAGAGCCAACCAGGAACUCCGAAAGUUAGGAAAAAAUGGAGCUUUAGGAAAUUAUCAGGAAAAGGAGCAUCCUACAAGCUUUCCAAGUCGUUUGACUCAAUUGACGCCAGUAAACUCCCCGUGCAGGCUCCGGCAGAAUCCAUGGCUCGCCAGAACCAUAUUGAGGCAUUGGUGGCUAUUCGAGGACACGUCGAAAAUGCUGCAGCGACCAAGAUUCAAGCUGCCUUUCGAUCUUAUCUGGCAAGAAGAGCAUUACACGCAUUAAAGGGACUAGUGAAGUUACAAGCACUUGUAAGGGGUCACAUAGUGAGGAAACAAACAGCAUCUACUUUGAAGCGCAUGCACGCUUUGAUGUCGAUUCAAGUUAGAGCUCGUGUUCAUAGAAUUCAGAUGGCAGAGGAAGCACAGAUUGUUGUUAGAAGUCAAUCAUCAAUGGAGAACGGUUUCCCUCAUGAUAAUAGAAAGAGAGCCAGUAUAAAUCCAAAUGAAACUCGACAGAUUUCAAAAAGUACAAGUGAUCAUCUCAAUCAUGCGCAAAUUGAGAGGAUAAACACGACACUUAAUUCUGAACCUCUUUCGAUCUCCAAACGACAUCAAUAUGAGGAGUAUUGCUUCAGUACAGCAGAAAACAGUCCAAGAAGUUACAUGACCAUAAAAGCAGACCCAAGAACAGCCUCUUUCACUCGCCAAGAGCCUAAUUAUCAAGACCCCAUGUCGUAUGGCUAUCGGUUCUCGCCAAACUACAUGACCAACACAGAAUCUUCAAGGGCUAAAGUCAGAUCACAGAGUGAACCAAAGCGAAGACCCAAAUGGAGCAUGAAACAUAAGAACAAGCAGACGGAGAUUGCUGAUGGGAUGCAUUUCUCUCUGGAUGAUCCGGUCAUGAAACGUUCAUCUUCGCAGUGCAAAUACGAUAGCGGCAGCGAAAAUCAUGACCCCUGGUUUGUCAGACUCUACAAGACUAAAAGUUCCUUCAGAAACAGCAAGUAUGAUUCUGAUUCUACUCCAAUUAGUCAUUCCCACUUUCACGAGUCUCUUUCUGCGUAUGAGCCCAAUUUCAGUUUAUUCUAACCGCUGCUAACUUGGAGCCAAUUAUGAGAAUCUGCAGAAUGGAUACAUGAGACGUUGGAUAAUCAAAGAUUAAACUGCAGUACAAGAGAUAUUGGCGAAUAUUACUAAUUCCUAAUUGUUCUUAAUAUACGAGCUCAAUUUCAUUGUUGGCUUUCAAGGAACUGUCUCCUUCAAAUUAAUUUGUUCAUGUAUCGAAGCUCUCUCAGUCAUACAAUGAAACAAUUUAAG